AUGUUGGUUUUAAUUGCUGAUCCUGAUGGAGUUGAAAUGUCGGGAAAUUUCCAUAAUCUAGCAUUUAUACCUUCAUUUUUUAAAAACUCUAAUAGUUUAGUUGAUUAUGAUAUAAUUGUUGAAGAUGAUGAUGAUGAUGAUGCUAGUGCAGUUGCUAUUGAUAAUGAUUUUAUUGCAGUUGUAUUAUUAUUAGAUGCAGAUGCAGAUGUUGAUGUUGAGGAAGUAGAAGAAAUAAUUCCUGAUUGUUGUUGUCGCUGGAUUGGUUUUGUAAUUGAUUGUAAUGAUGAUUGA